CGCCCCCGCCUCCGCCUCCGCCUCCGCCCAGCGGAUCCCUCGCCGCCGGCCGCCCUCUCCCCGCCCCCUGGAUCUCUGCAGGCGGCCAGGGGCCACCAUGGCAGCAGCACCACCGCCGGCGCUCCCGGACGAUCUCAUCGAAGAGAUCCUCCUCCGCCUCCCGCAGGACGACCCGGCAAGCCUCCUCUGUGCCUCUCUCGUCUGCAAGACCUGGAGCCACAUCGCCAAGGUGAAGCUCAAGCGCGCCCUGCUGCAGGGGGAGCUUAAGCGUGCCCAGCUGCAGCUGCUCAAGAACGCCCAGCUGCAGCUGCAGCUCGAGAAGGAGCAGCUCAAGGUCAUCCAGCUGCAGCUGCAGCUCGAGAAGGAGCAGCUCAAGGUCAUCCAGCUCGAGAAGGAGGAGCUCAAUCAGCUGCUGCAGAGGAGGCUUUGUGCAAGGCACCGGAGCAUAAAACGCACCUAAGAAGGCUUGGUGAUGGACAAACAGAACAGCAAACAAAAUCAAAACAUUAUGAAACUUUGUGGCUUUGAUUAUACGAAACACCUUAGCUUGCCAAAUUUGAUGGAAAAUAACCAUGGCCAACGAACAGAGACCCAGCACCCUAAAGAGUCCACCUAGAACACCCUAGUGAUCUCAUUGGACAGACAAUGUAAAGACCCGACAGGACUCACACCACCUUGUUAUUUAGAUCGACGAGGCGACAUCCAAAGGACGACGAACUGCUGACGAAUGUCUGCGGGGAGCUAGCCACACUUGGCGAUGACGACGGACUUGGUGCAGCUGCCGUCACGGGAGCCCACCUUCUCGAUGUUUCUGACGACGCCCAUGCCCCCGAUGACCUCGCCGAAGACGAUGUGUAUGCCGUCGAGCCACGAGCAGGGGACGGUGCAGAUGAAGAACUGGGAGCCAUUGCUGGUGGUGGGCCCGUGCCCGCCAUGGAGAGCAUCCCAGGCUUGUUUUUGGCCUUCCAUCGAUCGCAUCAAUGGCUGCUACGGUUUGGACUGGGAUUUCUAUGCGGGGAUUGAUUCUGCUUUGGCCUUGGGUGGGAACAGUCCUGCGUGCAUGUACAAGGAACACGACGAUGGCAGCCUCUAGAGUGACCGACUCUGACGAGCAGAUGGAUAUGUUUGGU